AUGAAAGGCUCACGGUGCCUAACGGUAGCCACCGCUUUCCUUACGCUGGUUGCCCUCAAGGCCUAUAUCGAGUGGUCCGCUGAACAGGACGAGCAAUUCCCGACCCCUCAUGAGGCCAACUGGCAAACCAGUGCUUUCACGCCUGCCCAGACCACAGUUGAAGAUGCUGUGGCAGUAGCCCCACUUCGCUUCAAUGCAUCCCUACAGCAGCUGCGCCAGAGUAUCCCGAAAUCCAAAGCCUACUGGAAUGAGAAGCAGCACCAGAUCUUCCAAGCGCUGGAUGCGGGGUGGAGAAAUGCUUCUAAGCAUGAAUGUGAAGGGCCCAGAGAUGGAGAAAGGGUAAGCAGGAUCAACGACUUUGGAACCUACUCACAGCUUUAUAGGAACUUUAUCCUGUACGAUGAAUGCCGGAACUUUCGACUCUUGAUUAACCAGCCGGGUAAGUGCACCCACAGCAAGAACCGCACUUUUCUGCUUCUGGCUAUCAAAUCUCUGCCAGGGAACUUUGCUGCCCGCCAGGCUGUGCGGGACACCUGGGGACAGGAGGGUGAGCAUCACGGGUUACCGGUGCGCACUGUCUUCUUGCUGGGAUCAGCUGGGGGCCAGUAUGGGCCCAACCUGCAAGGCAUGGUGGAGUACGAGAGCCAAACCUUUGGGGACAUCUUAAUGUGGGACUUUGAAGACACCUUCUUCAACUUAACACUGAAGGACUUCCUCUUCCUCAACUGGACGCUGGAGCAUUGCCGGGAUGUCCAUUUUAUUCUCAAAGGGGAUGAUGACGUUUUCAUCAACACGCCCAAGGUCGUGGACUAUCUGAGCUCUUUAGAUGACCGCAAGCCGAUUUACAUGGGCCAAGUAAUGGCCAAUGCUUCGCCAUUCCGGGUCCGCAACAGCAAGUACUACGUGCCCGAGUCAUACUACAUGGGGCCCUACCCGGCUUACGCGGGCGGUGGGGGCUACAUCUUCUCUGGCAUGCUGACCCAGUGGCUCCACGUCAUCUCUCAAUACAUACCCUUCUACCCAAUAGAUGAUGUUUACACAGGACUGUGUUUCCAAGCUCUGGGCAUCCGCCCUGAAACACAUACUGGCUUCCGGACAUUUGAUAUUGCAGAGAAGGAUCGCGAUAACCCCUGCGUACACAGAGAAUUACUCUUGGUACACCAGCGUAGCCCACAUCAGUCCCUCCAUCUCUGGAAACAAAUCAGGGACCCCAGCCUCACAUGUUGAGAGACCCAGAAACAAUCCAGCCU